AUGGGUAGACAGAACGGCGAUUCUACCAUGGUUGGUUCUUCCAUAGCUCUUCUGCAGGAGAGGUUUAGAGAGCUUCAAAGAGUGAAGGAGGAUAGAGAAAAGAAAGAACUUCGUAGGCUGUAUUCGGGGUAUGAACCGUUUUGUCCAUGGAUGCAUUAUGAUCAGCCUGCCAAGUUGGGUUACCAGCAACAACAAGAGAUGAUGUUCCUUCCAAGUAAGCCAUCUCUUCUUGCAGAUUCUCUAUCCCUUGGGUUAAAAUCACAGAGCAACCGUGCUGAUUUUCAAGUCAUGACUGGCACAAGCUUGACCAACUCAAGACCAAGCGUUGCGAAUUCGUCAAAGCAAUUCUAUUUUGACAGUUCUGAUGUUGAUACAACUCUGCACCUCUAG